CAAAAAAAAAUUAUAAGAAUACCAAUUUGGACCUAACAAUACUUACUUGUUAAUAUAGAUGGAAAGGAAGAAAGAUACUUCAAUCCCUAGGCUAGGACUCAAGCUAAAGAUUUUCUCAGCCUUGUACACUUGAGACCUCCUCGCUCGUGAAGGCUUCCACUGCUGUCGAGACCUCCACCGGCGCCAGCACCGCCUUCCCCCGUCGACUCCUUGCAGUUCUCACUUUGAGCAUUGUUUUCCACUCAAUUUUGAUUUUGAGUUGGAAGGGUAAACUAUUAUUGUAGCCUCCUUAUGUCUAGUGACACAGCUCCACGAGAUCAAAUGAAACGCAGUUUGGUGGCCUUAGAGCGAAGGUUCGCAGCUGCAAAAGCUGACCUUGUUGUUCAGCAGCAAAAGGACAUAAAAUAUGGAAAAGAGUCUAAAUGUAUUGGUUCUUCAUCUAUGGCUCCUACCACAGUUAUACCCCCUUCUAAGAAAGGAAAUUUCACCUUUUCGGGUCAUUCUGCUUCAGAAGAGGUCGAUAAAAAUGAUCAAGCAUACUUAAAACUCUCUCAAACUGUACAUGAGAAUCUAUUGACGACCAAUGUGGAGGAGAUUUCUAGUAGAAAAGAAAGCAAAGUUGAUAAUAUUUUGCAUGAACUUCUUCAAAAUGGUGAUUCAGCUCAUAAGUACAUGCAAGGAUCCAGAAACAAAAGAAUUGACAAUUGGAUUCUGCUGGAUAAUUAUGUCCAAGGACGAAGUAUAUCUACAGGUUCUCGUUUAAGAGCUUUGCGAUUGCACUCAAAGCGGUCAAAAAAGCACAUGUCCAUGAAACAACAUAAAAAACACGGAUCGCUUGAUUUGCCUCGAGAGUUUCACAAAUUUGAAAACUUUAAACCUAUGCAUGAGCUUUGGAAAAGUUACAUGACCCAACUUCUCAAAAGUAGUGGGAAAAAUCAGUUGGCUCAGUGUCUUCUGGAUGCGGAUUUACAUGGUGCUAUUAUUUUAGUUGCUGAGUGUGAAAUAUCUGCAUUCACUGGAGUGAGCGGUAUCAUGAUUCGAGAAACUGCAGAAACAUUUGGGAUUGUUACACAAGAUAAUAAAUUCCGAGGAAAAUUAUUGCCCUUGAAAAGCAAGAAAAUCAAAGGAAAGAUGGUAAUUUUGAAAGAAAGUAACAAGAAAAAUGGUGUUUCUCCAAAAGCCCAACCACGUGAGGCCCACUCUAGGCCCAACCCGUGGCCCCCCCUCCAACACCCAACCACCACAUUGCUGCCAUUUCCCUUAUUGAGCCCAACAAAAAUGCAAUUUGUCCCUUUGUCCCCUAUGACAAAAAUGCCAACUUUUUACCCUUUUUCCUACACAUUUUCACCACAACAUCAUCAUUACACCCUAUAAUUUACCUCUACAUACCAUAUUUAUUUUAUUUAAUUAAUCUAAUCAAUUUAAUUAAUUUAAAUUGAUUAUUUUAAUAAACUCACUUUGGCUAUAAAUAUGGACUUUCAAGACCAUUUUUGAGGUGCUUAAUUUUUUGGUUACCAUCUUUUUCUCUCAUUUUCUCUCUACCAUUCUCUCUUCCAUUUGAGUUUUUCAAGAGCAUUUUGCAA